AUGAACGAAAAAGCUACAGACGUCGCUCCCCCUCCCGAACAUGACCGACCAUCCGACCCACCACCAUACUCCCUCUUUACCCGUAGCGAAAAACAAUGGAUAGUCUUCCUCGUCGCAUACGCGGGACUCUUCUCCCCUCUCAGCAGCUUCAUCUACUAUCCCGCACUAUUCAACAUCGCCGAGGAUCUCAACAUCACACUCACCAUGGCCAAUCUUCCGAAUGUAGCGCCCAGCCUCGGUCCCGUUUUGGGUGGCAUACUCGUCCAAUACGCCGGAUGGCCUUGGAUCUUCUGGACGCUUGCGAUACUAUCCAGCGUUAACUUCUUCAUACUCGCCAUUACGCUCCCAGAAACCGCUCGCAAGAUCGUUGGAAACGGUUCGAUCAUGCCCACACGCCUUUUGAACAAGUCAUACUUGACGCAAGUAAAGCUCAACUCAAAGAAGUCGUCAGUAACGAGCUCCGAGAGUGAGAUCGAUGGUCAGCCGAUGCGAAUGCCCAGUCUCAAGCCCUGCUUCAAAGCACUCUGGCAGAAAGAGAACGCACUAAUCAUGCUAAUCAACAGACUGUUCUACAUAACUUUAAGAAGAGGUAGUAAGCGCGAUUAA